AAAAAAGUGAAAAAUAUUCUGAAGAUAAAACCAUGGGGAUAGGGUUUUUGAGUAUAUUCUUCUGUGAUUUUUCUCUAUCGUAAUCCUUUCUCUCUCUCUCUAAAAAAUGAUAGUCUUCUCUCCGUAUCCAAGUCCAACCAGCUCAGUCCUUCACUCUUCUUCCAAUAUCUUUCAUACCCACAUCGCUUUAAGCUCUAUCUUAAACCCCAUUGGAGAUGGAAGCUUAAUCUUCAAGCGACGGACCAGGGCGUAUCGGUUCCUGGUGCUCUUCUCAGCCCAUUCCAACCCCAAAAUUGUUAAGUCCAACCGUAGGUCUCGGUACGGUCAGGCUCUGUCUCCGUAUGACAAUGAUGAAGAAGAUGAAGAACAGUGUGGUGUCGACAGUGAAGAUGAAGAUGAAGAUUGGUCGACUGAAGAUGAAUUUGCUGAGGUUUCAGAUAUUGAUGCUAAAAGAAAAAGGUCCAAAUUGCAAGGAAGAUUUGGUGGAAGCAGUCGAAAACAACCUCAGAAAAGCCAGAGCAGAGUCUUAUCAAGUUUUCCGGUUGAUAAGGAAUUAGGUGGCAGAAUUGGCAAGCAAACUCUAGACAAAAAUAUUGCUGGAAGUUAUCACCAUACUUCAAACAGAAAAGAAUCAGUUAGUUCCGUAGACGUACGCAAAGAAAAGCUAAAUAUGAGGAAGAUUUUUAAGAAUAAAUAUCCUCGGCUAUUUGAAGAGAUAGACUUAGAUGAAAAAUGGUUACCCCUUAUAGAUUACUUGAGUACAUAUGGGCUUAAGGAAUCACACUUCAUUCAAAUGUAUGAGAGGCAUAUGCCUUCCCUUCAAAUAAAUAUAUGUUCUGCACAAGAAAGGUUGGAGUAUUUGAUUAGUGUUGGUGUUAAACAAAGGGAUGUAAAAAGAAUACUUAUGAGGCAGCCACAAAUUCUAGAGUACACAGUGGAGAACAAUUUGAAGUCCCAUGUCGCCUUCUUGACGAGUUUAGGCAUCCCAAAUUCCAGAAUUGGACAGAUAAUAGCUGCUGCUCCUUCCCUCUUUUCCUACAGUGUUGAAAAUUCACUGAAGCCCACAGUGAGAUACUUGGUUGAAGAAGUUGGCAUUAAAGAAAAGGAUUUAGGAAAAGUGGUGCAACUAAGCCCUCAAAUCCUGGUUCAGCGUAUUGACAUAUCCUGGAAUACUCGUUAUAUUUUCCUUUCAAAAGAAAUAGGAGCAUCCAGAGAUAGUAUGGUGAAGAUGGUCACAAAACAUCCUCAGCUCCUGCAUUACAGCAUUGAUGAUGGAUUAUUACCCAGAAUCAAUUUCCUCAGGAGUAUAGGAAUGAGGAAUGCUGACAUCUUGAAAGUUAUAACUAGCCUUACACAGGUACUAUCUUUGUCACUUGAGGAUAAUUUAAAGCCCAAGUAUUUGUACUUGAUCAAUGAGCUGAGUAAUGAAGUGCACUCAUUGACAAAAUAUCCUAUGUACUUAAGCUUGUCGUUAGACCAGAGAAUCCGGCCUCGGCAUAAGUUUUUGGUUUCCCUGAAGAAAGCUCCAAAGGGGCCAUUUCCUCUGAGUUCAUUGGUUCCAACUGAUGAGAACUUCUGUGAGCGGUGGGCUGGAACUAGCUUAGACAAAUAUCUAGCAUUUCGGCAGAGACUGCUACUCAAGAAGUUUGCAAACAAAUAUGAAAAGAAAUACUAAUAUCGUGAUCGGAAGCUUCAUAAGAUUUACUGACUGAGUUUGAAGAGCAGUGUUAAUUGCAUCAUAAAUUUAUUUGCCCUUUUAUUUAUACCAGGGUGAAACUGUAUUUGAGGUUUCAAAUUGACUGCUCAGACUAUGGUUUCUUAUUAUUAAGCUUCUGUUCAGAACAUCAUCAGGUUACUCAAGUUUAUGAUGAUUGCAUGACAUUAUUCCAGAGCUAUAACAUAAUGUAGAAGAUGCUCCAAACCUUCCUGAAAUGGCCCCUAAAAAAUAUUUGAAGCAGUUGAUUGUUGCAGAAGCUGUCCCCCGCCACCGGUGAUCAUUAACCAAGUUACUAAUACAGAAAUAAGGUGAACUUCUCUACUAUUAAAUCAUCUAUGGUUGGUGGAGUGAAUGAAAGUAAAGUCACAUAUUAACUUGCAACAGUAUUCACUUAGUCAUUGUGCAUAUCUCAGUCUGCCUUGGACUGGAGUGCUCUUCUUUGAUCAUCUCUCCUUUCCACUCUGCUAUUAUAAUUUGAUGUUUUUAUCAUUGGUAAUGCAGGUCUGGCCAAAUUACUGAAAAUCAUGGUGACAACUUAACAGAAAGCUGUAAUGACUGCAAAUUAUGUUGUCAUGUAUGCAUUAAAUAGUUUCUGAAGUAUUCAUUAUAAUGUUUCUUGAAAUUCAAUAUAAAUAUGUUAGGCAGUGGGAUAUAUUUUUAUAUGUAAAUUCUUUCCCUGCAGAGACAGUAAUAUAUCUUUGUUAUACCUGUUCACCCUCGAAAUACCCAUAAGAGUUACAUAUCAGCUUUAUAAUUUUAUUCGUCUCUUCUCAAUUUAUUGUAAUGAACACUUUAAACAGAAUAAUGCAAUAUGUUCUAUAUCAGGUAUUUUUGUUAGCU